AUGCUCAGUACAAGAUUAUUGACGGCCCCCCGCAUGGCCACUCUUUCAGCGGUGCGCGCCUUUUCCAUUUCUGCUCGCACUUUGAACAAACAACAGCAAACCACACCCGAUGUUUUGGAGAUGACUGAAUCGUAUACUCCUGCGGAAAUUAUUUCCGGCGCACCUGCACAUUUGUCUACCAGCCGGGUUGUUCGCAUUUACCAAGCUGCCAAGCCGGCCACGCAGAGCGGCACCUGGGGCACCCGCGUUUGGCGUGUGGACUGGGACAUUGUUGACCGGGCCAACCGCUGGGAAAAUGACCUUAUGGGCUAUGCCUCGUCCGGAGAUUAUAUGCAGGGCACGGAAAUGAAGUUCACCUCGAAGGAAGCUGCUGUGCGUUUUGCCACCAACCAGGGCUGGGAUUAUUAUAUUCAGGAGCCUCACACUCGCAAGAUUAGACCCAAGAGCUAUGCCACCAACUUUGAACACUCUGUUGGCAAGCUUAAACACAUUAGAACAAAAUAA